UGCUCAGAGCCAUUUGAACCAUUUUUCAAGAUUCUUCCGUUUUACGAAGACAUCUCUGUCACAGAAAUAAUUGUGUUAUUGUAAAAGAUACUUACGCCACUAGUGCACAUCACUUUUUCUGUACCAUAUGAAAUUUUCUUACAAGUUGUGUGUUUUCAGGCAAUGUACCAGUUUUUAGCUGCAAGAAAAUUUCCUUGUCUUGGAUCUGUGUCUCUCCAGCACGUACAUCCUGCAUGUGUUGUUCGCCAUUUAAUUUAUUUACCGAUCUAAUCUCCUCCAUUUGUUAGGUAACCCAGGAAACCUUUACACUGAUUCUUAAUCUCUCUCCUCAGCGUCCUUCCAUUUUUUCUUAUAUCGCAGUCCACGAUUUCGUGGAAAAGCGUUCGUCAUAUCUCGUUUUUACUGUGACUCCUGUGUUAACUUUGCUGCAGUACCAAGAAGUUGUGUAACUAUGCAAGAGGAGAGCGCCGAACAGAGGAGCGUAUUCACUGCGUUGUGCGUCAUGGGACUUCUGGAGCUGUGGCUCAUUUACACGGAGCUUGUUUUCCACAGUCGAUGAACUCCAAUGAGGGUCAUCAGCAGAGGCAGCGAUAAGUGUGCCGCGUCUGUUGCUCGGACUCCACUCGGCACUGCAGUACGUUUUCGGAAGUCACCGCAAUCCCUAGAUAAAGCAUGCUCGCUCGUCGAACGGGGACCUAUGCGCUCUGCGUGGUGCUGUUGAGUUUCCUGACGCUGUCAUUGGCCGCCCACCUCCGCCAGUCGUCCACAGUUGUCGUCUGGGACCGCGAGGAGUCCGGGCUGGGUGACGCGCCUUCGAACGACGCAGAGUCUAGCAGCAGCAAGACUGCGCUGACCGACCUGGUCAGCAGGUCGUUCAUAGACAUGCCGGGCAUCAAGACGUGCCCGCCCGGUCAGCAGAUGGACUGGAUAGGCAAGUGCAGGACGGCGAUUCGAUCCUCCAGAGUGUGGGCGACAUGAGCUGCAGUCGUGGGCGUAUCCCCGCGUCGGCGUUGGCGCUGCUGCUGCUGGUGCUGGUGGCCACGACGGUGCUGCCGCCACCGGCAGAGGCGGGCUUCUUCUUCGGCAGGCGGCAGCAGAGCCCGGCGCUCAGGUGGUGGCCGCAGCGUUCGCAGGUGGCCCCUGCCACCGCCACCACCACCGGCGCACCCCCGGCGUCCGACCAGCCCGGGGGUAAGGCCAUGCUGAACUCGAUGCCCAGCUUCAAGUCUUGCCCGUACGGCCAGCAGCGCGGCCACGACGGCAAAUGCCGGAGACAGAUCUUCGGAUAGUCCCACUGCACAAUCCACGUGCUCCCCCAUAUCCGUCUCUUAUCGUUUUGCGUCCUGAGCCACAAUCGCGUCUCUUCCGUUAUACUGUUAGUGAAGUGUCUUGCUCACUUUGUGUACAAACUUAUUUUUUACUCGCAAAUAAAUCGUGCUGUAUUGAAACGAAA